AAAGAGAUUGGAUUACAGAAGAAAUCUUGGAAAUGAUGGAGGACAGAAAAAGGCAAAAGAUAUUAAAAGAAACGAAAUUGCAAUAUCUCGGACAUGUGAUAAGAGGCGAAAGAUACAACAUCUUGAGACUUAUAAUUCAAGGAAAAAUAGAGGGUAGGAGAAGCGUAACAAGAAGACGUGUUUCCUGGUUGAAGAACCUGAGAGAUUAGUUUGGUUGCAGCUCAAGGCAAUUGUUCAGAGCAGCUGCCUCGAAGGUCAUAAUAGCUAUGAUGAUUGCCAACCUUCGUCGCGGUGGUGGUAUUUAA